UUCUGCGUAUAUACGUGGAUGAGGAAAGUUUGACCGUGAACACAGUUAUACAGUGCCUCUUGCUGAAAUUUGCUGAGUGGUAGAAUCCAGACAACCACAUUCUAGAUAUGAGUAAUUUACCCGGACACUGGAUUUUAAUUAGUUUACAUCUGUGAUGUACUGCAUACGAGGACAGUGAGCUAUCUCUGUGGAAGUUUGCCAUAAAUGGGAGGUAGAAACUAGCGCGAAAUGUUUCGCAGAAGACCGACUGUGUAUACUUUGCUUCUUCUGUUUGCACUUGCGCUCGUCUUUCUAUUGGUCGCACUGUACAAUGAUAGAACAACAGACGAUCGCCAUGGUCCGAUAAUUCACAAUGAUGGAGUCUUGAAUAUUCAGCAGAAAGUUUUAAAGUUUGAACUGCGAUCAAAGAAAGGACAAAGGCCCAGUAAUGACAAACCAAGCAAGACACUACAUGCAAGCAACGGCAGUGAAGACUCCUACCUCGCGUCAUCCAGCAACUUCUCGGACGAUGAGGUCAAAGAGCGUCCCAGCGACCUCACCGGGGACAACGCAGGAGAGGUUAGGGUAUCCUCGGACGACGACCCACAGGAGUCCGAGGACGAUGUCGACGACGACGAGGAGGGCCAGGUUGAUGCCGCCCCGAAUCAUUUAAGAGUGCUCAAUGCACAAGCCAGAACUAAGAAGCUGCAGGCAGAUGAAAAGCCAAUGGAGGAAGAGAAGGCAGGACAACUUAAAAGAGAAAUGGGACUAAAGAGACGUUUCUGGCAUGAAUGGGACGAAUAUGAUAAAACAGCAUGGAAGACGUUGCCGUUGGUAACCGGUUUAGAAGAGCCAGAGAUGCAGACGGGCGAUGCAAUUUUUUACAACAGAGUGGGAAAGUGCGGCAGCCGAUCGGUCAUUGCAGUUCUGAGACUGUUGGCUCUGAAGAACCGGUUUCACUUGGUGUCUUCCUUAACGUACAAUGCAACAAAACUAGUUCCAGAGUAUGAGAAAAUGAUGGUAACAGUUUUAAGCCAAAUACAAAAACCUUACCUUUUCCAGAGGCAUGUCUACUUCAUAGAUUUCCGCAGAUACGGUGUAAAGCAACCAAAGUAUAUCAACAUAAUCCGGGACCCCUUAUCGCGGAUGGUAUCGCACUACUAUUUCCAGCGCUUUGGAGAUGGUAAGAGUUCUAGGAAUUAUUCAGGAAAAGACAAGUAUCAGACAUUUGAUGCGUGUGUCCUGAAUCUGAAGAAAGAGUGCUUUGGGGGAAGAACUUUUUACAUCAUUCCAUAUUUCUGUGGACAGGAUCCAAGAUGCAGGGAUCCUUCUACUUGGGCUUUGAAUGAAGCAAAGCAGAACGUGCAAGAUCACUUUGUGGCUGUGGGACUCCUGGAGGAACUCGAGGAUACCUUCAGGGUCUUUGAGACAGUACUCCCAGAUGCCUUUGAAGGUGCCUUGGACAUCUACAGAAAUAUAGUAUCAGGAGAGGUAGGUAAAAACCUCUCGGUCAUGGUCACCAAGCACAAGGUUCAACCCUCCCCAGAGGUUGCCCGGAUCAUGAAAGACUACAUGAGAUUGGAAUAUAUCUUCUAUGAGUUUAUCAAAACAAGAUUUCAUACACUAAAGAGGGAACUUGGUAUUUCGUAGUCCAUUUGAUGUACAUCUAGGUCAUAUUUUCUUUUUUUCUUUUAUCAAAAUUGUAAGAUUUUAAAGAUUUGAAAGUGUAUUAUUGUCAAAACGAGAUUUCAUACGCCAAAGAGGGAACUUGGUAUUUCGUAGUCCAGUUUGAUGUACAUCUAGGUCAUAUUUUCUUUUUUUUCUAUAUCAAAAUUGUAAGAUUUUAAAGAUUAUAAUUGGAAUACAUCUUCUAAGAGUCUGUCAAAACAAGAUUUCAUAUGCAAAAGAGGUAACUUGGUAUGUUGUAGUCCAGAACAUUUAUCAAAGUUGUUCAAGUCUGAGUUGGAACUGGAAAAGGUUUCAGGUGUUUCAAACAAGAGAGAUUUCAUAUGGUAAAGAGGGACACAAGUAUUGUGUUCAUUUUGGUUGUGGG